GGGGCCCACCAGCGGGGCGGCGCGGGCGGCCGUUUGCGAUUCAUUCAUAGUCGCGUGUUGCGCGUUAGUUCGAGUUGCAAUGUGACUGUCAGAGAUGCACAGUCAGCUCUAGCAAAUCGCUCUCGUAUCCUUACAGUUAAGCAAGUGAGCGUAGUUGCCGCGAAAUAUAACCCUGACUACUGCUUUUGCUCGAAGUCUAGGAGAUGAAGCGAUACAGAGAUGACG